GGGGACCGUUUACACCAUGUCCGAAUUCUGGUUAAUUUCGGCACCGGGGGAUAAGGCAAAUCUGCUGGCCUGGGAUAGGAUGAACACUGUGACUUCCAAAGCCAACCUCUCCAGCAACAGCAAGUUCACCAUCCCUGAUCUUAAGGUGGGAACACUGGAUGCUCUUGUUGGCCUCUCAGAUGAGUUGGGGAAACUUGAUAGCUUUGCUGAAAGCGUAAUCAAGAAAAUUGCCCAGUACAUUGGAGAAGUUUUAGAAGACUCAAAAGAUAAAGUACAAGAAAACCUGCUGGCAAAUGGAGGAGCGAAGAAUAAAAUGAAAUGUCUAAAGAUCGACCUGAUUAGUUACCUGACAAGGUUUGAGUGGGACAUGGCAAAGUAUCCCAUAAAACAGCCGCUAAAGAACAUUUCAGAAGCAUUAGCAAAGCAAAUUACACAAAUAGAAACAGAUAUGAAAAACCGGGCAGCCGUGUACAACAACAUCAAAGGAAAUCUCCAGAAUCUGGAAAGAAAAAAUGUGGGAAAUCUUUUGACACGUACUUUAACAGAUAUAGUAAACAAAGAAGACUUUGUGUUGAAUUCUGAGUAUCUCAUCACUCUACUUGUUUUCGUUCCCAAGUCAAGCUACGUACAAUGGCAAAAAACAUAUGAAUCCCUCUCUGAAAUGGUGGUUCCUCGCUCUACAAAGAUGAUUGUUGAAGAUGCAGAGGGAGGACUCUUCACUGUAACGCUGUUCCGAAAAGUGAUGGAUGACUUUAAAGCCAAAGCAAGGCAGAACAAGUUCAUGGUGCGGGAAUUUUAUUUUGAUGAGAAAGAACUGAAAUGCGAAAAGGAAGAAAUGAGGAAGUUAGCUUCGGAUAAGAAGCAACAGUAUGGCCCGCUAUUGCGCUGGUUAAAGGUGAACUUCAGUGAAGCAUUUGUGGCUUGGAUUCACAUAAAAGCUCUUAGAGUUUUCUCAGAAUCUGUCCUCCGGUAUGGACUGCCAGUGAAUUUCCAGACAAUGUUACUUCAGCCCAACAAAAAAUCUCCAAAGAGGUUGAGAGAGGUCCUUAAUGCAGUCUUCAAACAUUUGGAUGAAGUAGCAGCAGCCAGUAUAAUGGAUACUUCCAUGGACAUUCCUGGCUUACAGCUAAGCAAUCAAGACUACUACCCUUACGUCUAUUUCAAGAUUGAUCUCAGCCUUCUUGACUGCAGCUAAGAGAUGUCUGGCUUACAGCAUGACUUGUCCUCCAGUAUUUUAGUACCUGAUUGUUCAUGAACAAUGAAACUGAUAUGCAAGCACCUCCACUCCAAGUGGUUUUUUUUAAAAAACACAAUACUAAGGGACCACAUGAUGGGAGUGCAGCCCUUUUUAUUUUGGAGGACUAAGAAAUGUUAAGCAAGUAC